AUGGAAGCGCUCGCCCAUUAUAAGAUGGCGUUUCCACAGAUGCACCCGAGCUUCGUCCGCCACGUGAUAGGAUGUGCGGUUCGAGCUCGGGAAGAGGGCGUCUCGUUCGGUGUUCGAGAUCUGAGAAAGCUUUUCUCGGUGAAGAACAACACCAGGCUUCCCGGGUCGUUUUACUCCUCGCCGAGGCCGAAUCGGCGAAUAUUCACGAACACCCCGCAGAGGGAUAGCGGGUGGAGCGACGAGAUGUUCUUCUUCCGGGUCAGCGAGGCCACGAUGGGCGACUUCGACUUUGGUCGAAUCCGAACGGAUUGUAGAUCCAGUACCAACAACCCGGGGAUUGAUUACCUCGUCGAGCGACUCGGAAGGGAAAAGGUGAACUGGAGUACUUUUACUCCGGAACGGAUCCGUCGAGUUCUCAGCUCUCCUCCUGCUCCUCCUCCAGCUGAUCUUCCGGUUAGAUCGGCGCAAGAUUCUAGCUCUGCUUCUUCUGUUCCUCCUCUCUCACGCAGAUCGAAAAUGACCCGUCGUCAGCCUCUCAGAUCCCGGACCGCAAAGGGUGCCAAGGGCCUUCCUCGGGUGGAAGUCGAGUUCGUGCCGGCGAGUCGACGCGACCGCCGAAGGAGAGGUCGUCCUCUCCCGAGUACGGUUCAUGUGAGCUCCGAUCGGACUCGGAGUUCGGAUCAAGGUCACUCGAGGCAGGCGCCGAAGCGAGCUCGGAGUGACGAUGGAGAGACUCGUUCUCGCGAGGGCGGCCCGACUGCCUCGAACGGGAGCGGGGGAAAGCCGCCGUUUUACUGGCAGUACGAGAACUCCAAAGGCUUCCCCGUUCAGGACGACGAGGAGGGAACAGCUCGCAUUCAGCUCCACUUCAAGCCCGUCGGAUGCCGGCUCCCGUCCCUGAACCAGAUGUCUGAGAAGGAGCUCUACAUCGCGACGUGCGCUGCGAGUGGGAGGGCUGUGGCAGCUCGUAACAUGUUGGUGUCCCGCCUGGAGUCGAGGAUCAGAGACGCGCCUCAGCAGAAAGAGCUCGAUCAGGUGAAGGAGCUCGUUGCCAAGUUGACCUCCGAUCUCUCUGCGGCGAACGAGCGGGUAGCUCGUCAGGGUGAGCUCUUGAAGAAACACACCUCGCAGGAGGGUCGUGUGAAAGAGCUCGAGACCAGGGAGGCCGAUCUCUUGCGCCAGCUGUCCCAGAAUCAGGAGCAGAUGGCGGCUUUGCAGAAGGAGAGCUCGAGUGCGCUGACGCAGUCGCUUCGCCUUAGCCGGGAGAACCAGGUACUCGUCGCCGAGAAGGACAACGUAGCUCGCCGUGCCAACCGCGCAGGUCGGAGGGAGAUGGUCGCGAAGCAUCGGGAAGUGCUUGAAUCGGCUAAGGCAAAGUUCGAGGAGAAGAGGGUGGAAGGUGAGAAGGAGGGCGAUCAGAUCGAACUCCAAUCCAACAUCGAUCUCCUUACGUCGCUGAUCUCCGGUGCGAUCAACCAGGAGGAAGAGCUCGCCAGGUUGAAGGGGCUCGAGGAUGAGGUGGCCGAAGCAGCCAAGGCGGCCCAAGUCUCCGAUUUCUCGAUCGGGAAGUUCAACCUUCCCGUGGUUUCGGAGGACUCGGUCGCGCGCAUGGAGAUCGACCCAUCGACGAGCAUCCCGGUUGGCUUGAACCCGUUCGGGACGAAUGCCGAAGAGAAGGGAAGCAACGAGGAGGAAGAGAAGGAAGAUGAAGAGAUGACCGUCGAGGACUGA